UCCCCCUAGGCACAUUUAGGAGGGCGCUGCGCCCUGCCCUUUGAUUUUUGCACCCUGCCCUUUUCGCCUCAAUCCCACUUUUUAUUCCAGCUGUGAUUGAUUUCACAACAACCUGUGUGUAUUUUCCGGAUUUUAUUAAGGACGGAGUUCUCUCCCUUUCAAGGGGAGACGCAAAAUUGUUUUGAUAAUGAUUAGGAAAUUGGCAUUUAAACCAUGGCGAAGUCAAAUGUGUUUAGUUCGCUUUACAAAUCACAAUGCCUACCAAGAAAGAAUCAAAAGGAAAAGAGAAGAAGCAGUGAAGGUUGAAGAAAGGAAGAGUCGCCAACUAGUAGAUUUCUUCGCUCCUAACACUAACAGACCAGACUUAGACGAGUCAGAGGUAGUUUCCUAUGAAAACUCAAGGGCACGAGACAGUCAGUUAAUCCAACAAAGAAGAAAGAUGGUGGUCACAAGACUGCAUUUGACACAAAGUGGCAACAAAACUGUCCCUGGUCGAGGUACUCAGAAGAUGACAAAAAGAAGGGAAUGAUGUUUUGUUCAUUAUGUUCUAAGUGGAACACUAAGGGCAGAAAUGGACUUACUGUCAACCAAACACAGAUUGAGUGGAGUCAAGUAAAGGAGCUUGACACCAGUUCACCCUCCACCAUUUUGAAGACUCAAGCCUCAACUUUGAAACUUGAAUCCAAACAUUGUUCAAUUACUGUCCAUUCAUGCAACUGUGAUUGUCCACUUCUGAAGUUGAAUGAGUGUUCUCAAAAGUGAAACUGAUUGUGACAGAUCAUAGAAACAGACUCAGUGUUCAAACUUGCAACAGACUUCUCAUGAUUAGCCUGAAUGCAUCGUCAGUUUCAGACAUUGACUUGAAGAAGGUUGUGAACAGAUACUUGGCAAGAAAGAAAAGAAGACUGUAAA